GCCUGGGCAGGCCUAAGGGCACAGAGGAGGGAGUGUUGGAGCUGGGAGUGAUCUAGCAUCAGGGCACCCUGGAAUGGGAGCAGCCAUAGACACCAGAUGGCCAGGGUCCAAGAUCAGGGCCCUGGGAGACACGGGGAAGGGAACAUGGCCUCCCUGAGCCUGUCCUUGACCCUGCAGGAGGUGUCAUCUGUGAGGGCCACCCAUGAGAUGGAUCCGCAGGGAGCCCAGGAGAGGCAGCAGCAGCAGGGUGUCGUCCCCUUCCUGGGCACGUUCCUCUAUCACCUGAAGCUGCUGGACAUUGGGAUGGAGGAUGAUCUGGAAGUGAGUGAGCCUGGAGGUGGGGCCAGGGAGCAGGAUCCUGAGGUUUGGGUGGCGAGAGCCCUGCACUGGGACCUGAGCUCUCAGUAUCUGGCAAACCUCCUCUCAUGAGAGCCCCAUGGCCACCCCUGGGAGCUGGGGAGUCAGGCCCAUCUUAGCAA